CGCUGCUCCCGGGCUGGCCAUGAACGGGCCGGCGGAUGGCGAAGUGGACUACAAAAAGAAAUACCGGAAUCUGAAGCGGAAGCUCAAGUUUCUCAUCUACGAGCACGAGUGCUUCCAGGAGGAGCUGAGAAAGGCUCAGAGGAAAUUGCUGAAGGUGUCUCGGGACAAGAGUUUCCUGCUCGACCGACUUCUGCAGUACGAGAACGUGGACGAAGACUCGUCUGGUGAGCAAGACUCGGAUGCGACAGCGUCUUCAGAUAACAGUGAGACAGAGGGGACACCCAAGUUGUCUGACACACCGGCCCCUAAGAGGAAGAGGAGCCCUCCCCUGGGCGGCACCCCGUCCCCCUCCAGCCUCUCCCUGCCGCCGUCCUCUGGGUUUCCCCUCCAGGCUUCUGGGACGCCCUCUCCUUACCUGAGCUCGCUGGCUUCCCCCCCUUACCCCCCAUUCCCUUCUGACUACCUGGCCCUGCAGCUGCCUGAGCCCAGCCCCCUGAGGCCCAAGCGGGAGAAACGGCCCCGCCUGCCCCGGAAACUCAAGAUGGCGGUGGGACCCCCGGACUGCCCUGUGGGCGGGCCACUGACCUUCCCUGCCAGGGGUCCUGGGGCUGGGGUCGGGACAGCCCUGACCCCGCUGCCCCCUCCCAAGAUGCCCCCCCACACGAUCCUGAGCACGGUCCCUCGGCAGAUGUUCAGCGACGCAGGCAGCGGGGAUGACGCCCUGGACGGGGACGAUGACCUGGUGAUCGACAUCCCAGAGUGACGCCCGCCACCGCCGGCGCGGCCCGCCCCGCACCCCCUCCCCGUGCGAGCGUGCGAGCCACGCGUCCUCAGAGAUGUUUAUUGAUGCCCAGUUGCCAUGCUUCGGCCACUGACACAAUCAGAAAAGGCGUAAACAUGCACAAGUGUCCCCCGGGAAGGUGGCAGGGGCCCUGCUCUCACAGCCCGGCCCCGUCCAGGGGACAGUUACUUAAAUGCGUGGCCAGGAGCGUCUGCCGCCUCUGGGGCGACAGACACCCUGUGGUGGCCACCCCUUUAAAAGGGCAGCUGUACAGGGCUUGGACUUCUUAAGUGAAAUCCUGUAUUAAAGGAGUGGCUCUUUUU